AUGGCUGGAGGAACAACAGCACAUAGCAUGUUCCGACUCCCUCUAGACCUAGGUCACGGCACAGGUGUGUGGAACAUCACCAACGGGUCCCAGCGAGCAGAACUCAUCAGAGCAGCACAGCUCAUUGUGUUUGAUGAGGCCCCGAUGGCACACCGCUACAUCUUCGAGAUGAUCGACAGAUCCCUCCGGGAUCUCAUGAAUAGUAGUGUGCCAUUCGGGAAUAAGAUCUUCAUCUGCUCCGGGGACUUCCGUCAGAUUGCGCCCGUCGUUGAGAAGGCUCGCACACCAGCUGAUGUCGCGUGCGUGUCACUUCGGGCGUCACAUCUGUGGCGACUGUUCACACUAUUUUCCCUGACGACACCCCAGAGAACUAGUGGUUCCAUUGACUACUCCAACUUCCUCCUUGGAGUAGGCAAUGGAACAAUAAAUCCUUUACUUUUUGGAGAAGGCCGCGAGAGAGAGUCUCUCAUUCCCCUCACUGGGGUGAGAUGCCUCACUUCUCUCGCGGACUUAAUAACGGAUGUGUUUCCUCCUGGUGUUCUGCGAGAUCCUGAUCUUUGUGCGAGACGGGCAAUACUCUCAACUCUGAAUGUGAACGUCAAGGAGAUCAACGGUCGCAUCCUAGACCUCAUGGACGGGCGCAUUCAUGAGUUGAGAAGCGCGGACACCGUGGACAGAGAAGACGACGACGGGCUGGAUGUGGACGUAAAUCUCCUCAACCAGGCCACUGGCAAAGGAGUGCCAGAUCACGUCCUGCGUCUCAAGGUCGGCUCCGUAUGCUUAAUCAUGAGAAACUUAAAUAUCGGUGAUGGACUCGUGAACGGCACCAAAGUCAUUGUGACGGCGAUCAGCAGCCGACUGAUCACCGUCAGACUUAUCGGCAACACGCAACCUAUCGGAAUUCCCCGGAUUACGUUCAGGUUCGCGUUUGCCGAAGGAUCGCCGCUCCGGGUUUGUCGCCGUCAGUUCCCCCUCAUGUUGGCGUACUGCAUGACUGGUCACAAGAGCCAAGGCCAGACAAUUGAGUACGUCGGAGUCGACCUGAGAACGGACUGCUUCACUCAUGGCCAGCUCUACGUCCUGUUGAGCAGAGUGAGACGUCCAGACGACAUCGUCGUUCUUGUACCAGACGACAGAAUAGUAGAAGGAGUCGCCUAUGCAAAGAAUAUUGUAUAUGACGAGCUCCUUCUAAACACUGAUUAA